AUGAUCUCCCACCUAGCAGCCCACCCCCUCCGCAUACCAGUCUCAACCCUCAAGCUCCUCGCAGCAUGUCAUUACUUCUGGACCCAACACUACCAAUGGGCUGACACGCAGGGCCCCUCCAUGGUUCCCACCUUUAGCGUGAGCGGCGACAGCGUCCUUGUCGACUUGACGCACGCUCGCAAUCGGCGAGGUCAGUUGCGCGUGGGCGACUUGGUGGUGUACCGGAUCCCGAUAUCUCCUGAUGCCAACGGGAUGAAGCGCAUCAUCGGCAUGCCGGGGGACUAUGUUGUCGCUGGGACACCGGGGGAGAGGGGGGAGGAGAGCAUGCUCCAGGUCCCUGAAGGACAUUGUUGGAUCGUAGGAGAUAAUCUGGCUGCGUCGAGGGACUCGAGAAUGUUUGGCCCUUUACCGCUCGCUCUCAUCCAGGGCAAAGUCACCGCCAAGGUUUUCCCCUGGGCUGAGCGUACCUGGUUCCAGAAUGCCAUGCAACCCGUGAGGAUAGACGGCUAA